AUGUCUAAGAAACGCCUUCCUCUGUCCGACGCUACUAGAAUUCGAGCAGCGAAACGAAACCGGCUAAGUGGAGCUGUUUCCCGAAAUUCUCCAAAGCUGAAGAAAGUCCCUGCCAAAAGAGAGGAUAAGCCUACUCAAAUGAAAAUUGAACCUUCUAUGCCUCCAGAAAAACCAACGCAGAGAAGAAGACGACCCAAGAAAGGUGCCGGUACUGGCGUGGCAGAGUCCAAGAAAGUUCAGAGUGGUGAAGAACGAAGCGUGGUGCCACCUAAUGAGAAUGAUAGUAGAAGAAGUAGACUAAUGGAAGUCAUAAAUGAGGUGCUGGAAAUCCUCGAAUAUCCAAAACAAGAAAAACUUUGCCAAGCACUUGGAGAUGUUCUUAUUGACGGAGUCCCAUUGGCAGUUUCGGCCGCUCGACAGGGUUUUCCUGAGUUCUACCUACGAACAUUCAUUCAAGCCGUUAUGAUACACAUGCGCCAAAUCAGCCCUGAGCUGCUCUCCCGCGGUGAAGAAGCUUUCUAA